AUGUUUAACUUACAAACAGGACCGAAAGAAGUAUUUCCAUACAACUACUACAGCAGUGUUUUGUUAGCAAAUGACAACAGAACUGGUGUCAUUUCUGAAGCAUGUAAGUUUAUCCGGGAUGCAGAUACAUUCAUGAAAAACAUAAAUUCCAUCAAAGGUUGCAGAAUAGAUGAGAACCACUUCGACUUAGAAAAGUAUAGCACAUUUUAUUGCAAACAAGAUGUAAGAAUUUUAAGAGAAGGUUUUGUUAAGUUCCGCAAUGACAUAUUGAAAGAAUUUGAUUUAAACGUUUAUGACUACGUUAGUAUUUGUUCUAUAGCUAACAAAUUAUUUGAGAACAGAGUGUACAUCCCGAAUGGAAAUUUAUAUGACCUCUCAAAUAAACCAAGAGAAUUUAUUUCACGCUGUAUUCAAGGUGGAAGAUGUAUGCUGUCAGAUAACAUGAAACAAAAGAGCGAAAAGAAACUCAUUGCUGAUUUCGACGCUGUUUCAUUAUACCCUUCAGCUAUAGCAAGACUUUAUACUUUAGAAGGUAUACCGAAAGUAUUGAAGAAAGAAAUGUUAAGCACAGAGUAUCUCAUGAGACAUUUAUUCGAUGACGACCAAAAGGAACCCAUUG